GGUGGGGCGCGGGGAUCGGUUUGGGAUACGAGAGGUAAAUCCUGAAGAGAAACCAGAGUUGUGUCUCUCCUCUAGGCGGGUAAUGCCCCCACCCCCCUCCCCCACCCAGGUUCCCCGUGGGCUGCAUCUCGGCCGUGGGAGGAGGGGCGUGUUCAUGGGCUUGGGGCUGUGCUUUGGACUCACCUCCGUUCUGUGGCUUCCGCAUCCAAAUGUGGUACCGGCGCAGAUGCGUCCCCAGUGCCCCAAAGGGUUGGUCUGUGGGAGCAGAUGGGAUGACACAACGUGCCUCCUGCGGGGGUGGGAGCAGUGACUCGAGCUGGGUCUUGUCAGCCUGUUCUGGACGUUGGGGGGAAACCAAGCUCGGGGGGCCGGCUUAGUCCACCUCUCCUUUGGUGAUUCGAUCAAUUUGCAUUAAGUGAUGUAGUCAUUUCAUUCAGCCUAGGCUUAGAUGCGAAUAAAAACCAACUGAUAGAAUUGCUGCUUCUCUAGGUGAUAAAUAAACUGCCUGCCCAGCUCUACCGAGGGUGUUUCUUAAAAAUAUCUUAAGUAUUAACCGUAAUUGUUCUGAGACUCUCGGAUUUUCCAUUUCAGGAUGUGCAGUAGACUGGCUUUUAGUUUAACAUGCUUUUAUAAGGGGGAGGAGGAGCUCUAAGAAAAAUAAAGGCUUAGAUUUAGUGAUAAAUUGACAUUUACAUCAAAGAAGGCAUUCUUUCAAGGUGUACGAGGACGAUUUUCCUUAAGAAUGAAUAUCUAAGGAUAAGUCUUCUUUAUGAAUUGUAACUCAAUUUGAGUACCUUCCAGAAAUUUACUUUUUCUCCAUAAGUUUAGGGUAUGAAUUAUCUAUAUAGAAACAUAGCAAGGAAAUAUAUUGAACUGAUAUGACCUGCUUAAUAUUGAGAUGAGUUGAGGGAGAAGGUGUCAUUUAGACUUGGAUUAAGGCCAGAGUAAUUUCCUUAAGUGUCGAAGAUAAUGUCGAAGAUGUGGGUUGAAAUUCACUUUGAUAUUGAAUUAUUUUAGCACUUAUGCUUCUGAAAUCCUUUCUACUCGUGGGAUUUUGAGGACACCACUGGAACAGUGCUUUUCAAAGUUUGAGAACUGCUAAGGAUACUCCUUAGGGUUCCCUGGCUUGUUACCUGAAUAAAAUCUGUAUUAUGUGUAUUUCUGUUUCUCAUAUAAUUUACAUAGGUUACUUAACAACAACAACAACAAAACUAAAUAUUUCAUUCCUGUCUCAGAAAAACAAUGCUGUUAAACUGGAGGAAGUCUUAGGACAAAUAAUGUGGGGGGAACUGGUAUUCUAUACAUUCCCCCAUUCAAAAAUUGAAAACAGUUAUAGGAUAAAUUUAAAACAUGUUCCUAGUAUACUCAUUUCAGUUUGUUACUAGAAUUAAACAGUGGCUAUCUUCAAACUCCAUUCAGUAUAUAGCAAGCUGUUUUGCUAAAUAAUAAAGCUCUUUUUAGAUUAAGUACCAUUUAAGAUGUAUGCUGUCGGAAAUGAUCCUGAGAGGAAGGGGAGAACUUGCCCCAUUCCCACAACAAAAAAUUUGUAUAACUAAUGUGACAAAUGAAUGUAAAAGAUAUGUAGUCAGUUUUAAUACAUUUUUUUUUCAAAUUGUGAUUUGGAUAAUAAUUUCACAGACAUUUUAUCUCAAGAUGUUACUUAAUUUUCAACAUAUACUUAACACAUACUUUUUCUAAAAUAAAAUGGCUUUUCUGAAAGUUAAUUGGAUUUUGACUUAACUGCCUGUUGACUUUUUUUUUUCCAGGGUUCAUUGAAAAAUCCUUAGUGAUAUUGACUAAGAACAUAUUGACAAGUUACAUAAUUUAGCCAAUGACUCGGAAUGAUGGAUUCCCAGAAGAUUGGAAAUGGUUUGCCAGUGAUUGGACAAGACACUGGUAUAGGGAUAUCUUCACUCCACAUGGUGGGGUAUUUGGGAAAAAAGUGUGAUUCAGCUAAAGUUACGUCAGAUGGGUACUGUCCAGCCUGUAGAGAGAAGGGAAAGAUCAAAACUCUAAAGUCUUAUCGAAUCAGUUUUCAAGAAUCUAUCUCUUUGUGUGAAGAUCCACAGUGCAUCUAUCCAUUGGGCUAUAAGUCAUUAGAUAACAUUAUAGUCUCUGUUGAUUUGGAAAAUUAUCAGCCUCCCCGUAAACAGCUAAAGAGGAAGAUCUUGGAAAGCAGCAGUGUUGCUUCAUCUUUGGAACCAAAUUCAAAGGAAGAUGGCAGCAACACAUGGUUCGACAGUGAAUGUACUGUGAACAGUGAGCUUGCUCACAGACCUGAUGGAUAUAAUUUGUAUAGAACUUCAUCAGAUUUAUCUGUUGUGUUACAAGACUGGCAACAGAACCCAAGCAAGGCAGCUGAAUCUUUGCAGCAUAGUGGGAUUUUGGAAGCUGAAAUUGCAGACCAGACAGCUGAAGAACAUCAUUUGAUUGUUGGUUCUCAGACUGAGAGUAUUCCAGAGCCUGAAGUGGAUGCAACUAAAUUAGAAAUCCUACUGGAGAAUCGUUGCCUGCCAUUUACUGAAUCUCCAUGUCUUCAGUGGAGAAAUGCAUAUGCUCUCUGUUGGUUAGACUGUAUUCUCUCAGCAUUAGUGCACUUGGAAGGGUUAAAGAAAGCUGUGACUGAACUAUGUCCUAAAGAAGAAUCUAUGUUCCAGCAGUUGUAUAUAAAGUAUAAUCAAGCGAUCCUGCUUUUGACUGCUCAUCAUUUGAAUGGAGCUAAAGAUGAAAGUUCUAUAAGGAAUGUUUCAGAUAGACUUCGAAAGGCUGAGACUCACCUAAAUGAAGUCAGAAACAAAAUUUUUGCUAAGCUUCAACCAAAACUUCAUUGUAAGUUAGGUAAUAUGGAAAGUCCUGUGUUUGCAUUUCCCUUGCUUCUACAAAUGGAACCUCUCAUUGAAACGCUCUUCAUGUCAUCUUUUUCUUGGAACUUUGAGUGUUCUCAGUGUGGAAACAAAUAUCAACAGAGGUGUUCAAAGAAUCUGGUAACCUUCACAAACGUAAUACCUGAGUGGCAUCCACUUGAUGCUGUCCAUUUUGGUCCAUGUAACAGUUGUAAAAGUAAAUUACAAAGAAGAAGAAUGGUAUUGGAAAAAGUAUCUUCAGUAUUUAUGCUGCACUUUGUAGAAGGCUUGCCCUGUAAUGACUUGCAGUUCUAUUCAUUUCAUUUUGAAGGCUUUUUCUACCAAAUAACAUGUGUGAUUCAAUAUCAAAUGAAUGAAAAACAUUUUAUAAGUUGGAUUUUGAAUUCUGAUGGAACUUGGCUAGAAUGUGAUGAUUUAAAAGGACCAUACUGUAAAAGACAUCAGAGAUUUGAAGUUCCAGCUUCAGAGAUUCACAUUGUUAUCUGGGAAAGGAACAUUUCCAAAAUAAUAGAUCAAUCCAAUAUAGAAUUUCCAGUUAAAAAGACAGAAAGUUUCAGCCUCAGUGAUUCUAAACCAGAAUCUCUGGCAUUGUGUUCUGAGGGGGAUGCUGCCACUGAAAUGUUUUCAGCGUUUAAUCAGGAGAAUAUUCUAAGUGCUCCAACUACUGAUGCACAAUAUGUAGUAGCCACAGAUCAUGAGUACAGUUUACUUUCUGGUCUAGAAGAUUUGGUAGAUAAUGAUAUUAUAACUUUAACACUCACAGAAAUUCAUGUUGAUUCUGAGGGCAAUCCAAUUGAAAAUCAGCCAGUGAUAGAAGAUCAGUCUGCGAUAAGAGAUAAGGCAGUUGCUGAAAUGGACACUUUGCAAAAGCAAGAAUUAGUGUUAGCUUCUUCACAAUCAGCUCCAUGUAGGGAAACACCUGUCCAACCUCAAACACUGCCUACUAGUAUCCUAACUCAGAAUGCUAGUAUUGAUUUGAAAUUGGAUCAGCUGAAUACAGAAAAUACUUCAGAUACUAUAUGCGUGAAUAACACAGUACAUGUGUCUACUCUUCCGCAAGGAGAGAAGCCAUUACAAAUUCAAGAGACAAAAGUUAAUUUUCCUCCCAUUGCCUUGGAGAAGGGUGCUAUGUCAAAUCCAGUCCUUUCAUCAAAGGUUGAAAAACUUAUGUCAAAACAAAGUGUCUUAUCUCUAGGAUCUAAUUUGAAAACAGCAAAUAAUAUAGGAGAUUCCCAAAGUGUGGUCCUGGGUUCAACACAUAAUUCUUCACAGUCCCAGUCACAGAAAAAAAAGUUUGUAGGAAGUUGGGUAAAAGGAUUACUGAACAAGGGAGUUUCUUUUAUGCCAUCUUGUGCCUCAGCUAAUGAAAGAAAGGUCCAUUUGCAAAAGACAACUGACUUGAACUCUCUGGUUAAAAGGGCAAAUAAUUUUCGGGGCUUUAAACCUAAAGGUAUAACAAAUCAAACAAGUCCUCAAGCACCCAAGAAAACAUCCAGGUCUGCAUGCAACUCACUUCCAGUUCUUAACUCUUCACCAUCAAAUAUCAGCACAUCCUUAAUACCUGACGAAGUUCGGGAGGGUACAAAGAUUUUGACUAAAUCUUUGCAUAAAAAUGUUCAGCCCCUCUCUAGUGGGAUACCUCCUAAGCACAAUUUUAAUGGAAAUGAAAAUCACAUCUCUUCAGGGACGUAUGAGAGUCAGACUCAUAAACUUCGUCUAAAACUUCUUAAAAAACUUAAGGCAAAAAAGCAAAAACUGGCCACUCUUCAGGCUCUCCAAAUAAAUGGAAAGCCUCCAAAGAAAAGUACAAAACCCUUGCCCCAGGAUGCAUCUCCAAAUGAAUGUGAAUCACUGCAAGGCCUGUUAAUGGAACUCCAGGAUCAUAUCAGUGCCACAGACAAUAAACCUAAAGGUACCACACAUUCCAAUAUUUCCCUGUGUAAUAGCCCAACCCACGAAGAAUUUUUAGCAGAAUUAUUGUCGUCUACUACAACUGUCGCCUCAUCAGAACUACCAAUGAAUAGAGAAAAUGAUUGUGAGUAUUUGGAGAUGGUAGAUAACCAUAACAUGACACCAACACCUAGUGACUUUGUCAAUGGAUUCUCUUCUGCAUAUCCUAGCAAAGACCAUAAUUAUUAUAGUCCUGUGAAACAAAGUCAGUAUGAAGUUCAGAUGGACUCAUUAACAAAUAAUUCUUGUGCUAAAACGUUAAACUUGGAAAAUCCCCUAAAGACAGACAUUCUUGAUGAAUUUUUUUCCACUUCGGUAUUAAGUUCUUCAGCAGAUGACAUAGAAUAUUUACCUCAUUUUGAUGAAUAUAUGUUUGACAGUUGAAUGAUUGUCAGUGUUUUUAGAAUUUAAUAUUUGUAUUAUUGCUUUAGGAAAAAUAUUAAAUUAUGUCUUAAAAUAAAUUGCACGCUGGCUGUGCUCAAAAUGUAAAUCAGAAACCUGGUUUGUGAAAUGUAUUGUUUAUUUGAAUGAAAUGUAACACACUAAGGUCCUUAUUAAUUUCCCAGAAAGCACUUCUGAUCUCAGAAUUAAAAUUAUCAAAAUUCUGUUUUCAAUA